AGGGCGCAGAGGCGACCACACAAAGCGGGGGCGGGGGCGGGGGGGAGCCCGCACGCAGGAAGCGGAGAAGCCUCCCGUUGACAUCUCGCCGCUCUCCUGCCGCCGCCGCGGAGACACGGUCGCUCCGCCUUCCCGCUGGGCUGGAGCGCUCCGCACCGCGCCGGGAGCUUUCUGCCGGCCCCGGGCCGCGCCCCCCUCGUCCCUGGGUUGCGGUUGGGUAGCGCAAGGGUUGGCCUUCCCCCCGUGCCUGAGUGGGCAGCGAGGCCGGGCUGCCGUGCUGAAGUUGAGGGGACCGACGGGGCAACACGGGUGCGGCUCUCUGUGUUCGUUAGCGUCGCGUUGGGAAGGAAGCUGGAGGAGCUGAGAGCAGCCCCGUGUAGCGAUAGUUUGCGGGGAUACGGUAAUUGCAUGGCAAUGGCGUGCCGUGGGUAGGUGCGUGAUGUGCACGGACCUUUUGCAUUUGAGAAGAGAAAUUCUAAUCCUUGAUCAAACCAGACCCGUUUCCAGCAGCUGCUCAAUUUAUAAGAAUGUGUGUUGUAGAAAAAUGUGUAAGUACAAUCUGCUUUGUCUCACUUGUAGAAUGUUAAUUAUGACUUCUGUCUUGUCCGAGAACAUUAGGGAACGUUGGCUAGCACAUGAAAGUUAUACUUAAAAUCAUAGAAUCAUAGAAUGGCCUGGGUUGAAAAGGACCUCAAAGAUCAUCGAGUCUCAACCCCCCGGCUAAGUGCAGGGUCGCCAACCACUAGACCAGGCUCCCCAGAGCCACGUCCAGUCUGGCCUUGAAUGCCUCCAGGGACGGGGCAUCCACGACCUCCUUGGGCAACCUGUUCCAGUGCGUCACCACCCUCUGAGUGAAAAAAACUGGGAAAUUGCUCCUUUCAAAGCAACUGGAAGAUAUUUUCUUUGAAACCUUUAUUUUUUUUAUAGUGCAAGAAACCAAAACCAAGAAGAAAACCAAACCAGAAAGUUCCUCAUGUCUGGCUAUCAGAAGUUUGCAAAGAAGUUUCAUAAUGUAAAUGCGUCAGGAUUUUUAUUUACCAAACCAGUUUUACAUUCUUCAUUUUCUUUUGCCUUGACCAAACACCAGCCCGUGUGCUGGGCUUUUCUCCCUUCCUGGUCAGGUAGGUGAGGGCAGGGAGGACUGCUGUGUGCCAUUCGCUUCCAUCAGGAGGGCAGGGGGAACCACAGGGCUGUGCUCGCUCCCCAAGUUCAUGGAGGUACCUAUUGAGUCAUAGGUGCCUGAUGGAAUUGUAGAAUCGUUAAGGUUGGAAAAGACCACUAAGACCAUCAGCACGUCACCACCAAUAAUGCCCACUCGCCGCAUCCUCCAGUGCCACAUCCCCAUGUUUCUUGAACACCUGCAGCAUGGUGACUCCGCCACCUCCCUGGGCGGCCCGUUCCAGUGCCUCACCGCUCUUUGCGAGAACUGUUGAGGACCCCAUGUGAACCAACAAGUGGUUCUCAAUGGCAGCCUUUUUUUUGGGAAGGGACGCAGGAGCAUGGGCUUGGCUGUGUUUUGUGAGUUGCCGAUCUACCCUGACUUUGUAUCUUACUAUAGGCCAAGUUUUUGCUGGCUGAAUUUUGAAAGAUCAGAGUUGCUAGCUGUUUUAGCCUAUCCUGCUUGAGGAGAACAGUGCAUUUCAGACCUUGUUUGUGCCCUUACAGGCAUUGACUGGGAUGUGCACCAAAAUAAAAUUUGUUUGUAUAUAGCUGCGAGGACUUUUCUUUUUCCAGUCCUACCUGGCAAGAGCCAAAGUUGUUUUCUGUGUUUUUGGGUUGGAUUACUAGAAUGUCAUCCCAGAGAGGUUUUAAAGGAAGUAUUGGGAACAUUUGCUGGCCAUCCAAAAUUCUGCUGGUUCCAGGAAACAUCAACGCAUUAUUUCAGUGCUUCAGUUCUAUGUGAACUAAUCUGUCUUUGCGUUUGCAGCUCUAAGUGCGAGAGUCUUCUGGCUCUGCAUCCCUGGUGUUGUGUGAGCGUGGUUCAGAGGCUGUAUAUGUGUGUGUAUGUAUAUAAUAUAAACAAUAAAUGUUUAGUAUACGAUAGUGUAUGUAAGAUAUUUAUUGCCAAAUUAAACCACCUACAUCCUAACUGUGACUCUGCUCUUCUUCUGUGCAAUCUUGUCGUUUUUUUUGUCCAAUGAAACACUACUUCUGUAAUUACCACACUGACCUUCUAAUGCUCGUGUAUUUGCAUCUGAGCUCUGCCACAAUGUUUAAAGGGGCUGGAGCUACCUUUUCCUGUUUUAAAGGCUCUUCGACGCUUUUCUUAUUUAGCAUCAUGAUGGGCUUGACAGCCACUGUCGGAUUGACACUUUCUAACCCUAUUGCCAGCCCUUAGAAAAAUGAGUUAUAAACACCGUAGAAUGUUAUUUAGAUGACAGAAAAUAGUGGCGGAAGUUAACUGACCUAUUAGAUCAUCCUUUCUGUUCCCCUGCCAGGGCACACUAUGCCAGUUCAGAGCUGGUUUAAAGUUGGAGAAAACACAGCUGGCAAACGCAGUAUUUUCCAGCAGUGCUCUUUGACCCACCCUGGGCUAAUGCACUGCCUCGUGGAAGUGAAUGGUCGCAUCCCUCUCCUACCUGCAGGACGGGAGAUGGGCAGAUCAGUGCCCUCAGCUUCCUCUGUAUAGGAACACAAUGACAUGUUUGGAAUUACAGAAAUCUGGCUGUAUCCGCUCCUUGUUGGCAGAUAUUCCACCGCAGGAAAGUGGUUACCUCUUUUGUUGCUUCCUUUUUGUUGAGGAGGGUAUCCCCAGUGAAAUAGGUAACUUCUUUGUUGGUUUUAGUGAUGAAACUGAAUGUCAGGUUGAGCCAUUGGUCUUGUAGGUGCUUUCUUACAGCUUGCAUCUGCUGUAUUUGUUGGGUACCUGCAUGCGUGUUCGUACACAUGUGCACAGUUCCUGCACUUCUCAUGUAACAUUGCUACGCUGCUUCUCUACGGGUGCUCAGGAGUUCAUCAGUUACACUAUAGGAAACAUCUGUUUCUCUGACAUUUCAAGAAGGUGAAAAGGAAAAGAAAAAUAUUUUUUUGAUGUUUCUUUUGUAUUUUCCACAAGAAGUCAAAUACUGCAGCCCUUAUUCAUGCCUGGUGACUAAGUGGAAUUAAGCAUCUCUGCAGCUAGUGAGCAGUGCCUGAGCUUGUUUGCACGGGGGUAAGGUCAGCAGUGAGCACAGAACUGGGAUGACACCAGAGUUAAAUCCCAGGCCAACACCACUCCUCCUCUCGUAUGCCUCUUGGGAGGAGUCAUCCUGUAACACUUUUUAUUUUGCUCUUCCUCUAAGGGUGGAUCUCUAUGUCUUUCCACAGCCUCUCCCAUUUCAGUUCUCCUUUUCAUAGCAACUCAUGCUUGAUGCUCCUGUGUGAUUCUUGUCGUUUAGGACGAGGAGUUUUUGUGCUGACCUCCUUUUGUGGCUCGUCAGCACAAUAGGUUUCAGCUUAGCAAAUGGAAAGGAAUAGAGAGACUUCACUGCAAGUCCUGCCAGCCUCUAGUGACCUUUAUGCCCUCUGAAUGAAACCGUGUCUCUUUAAGAGAUAGUGGGUUGGGUCCGAACGAGCCAUAUCUGGAGCAGGGAAAGUUGUGUUUUGACAUACUCUACCCACUCAUAGUGAAAUCUACAUUCAGCUUGGCCAAACAGCAGGGUGCUAAGUCCUGCAGUGAAGUCUGAGGCCUUGCAAAGUUCGGGAAGAAAGACUUUGUCUGGAACUUGUCCAGAACUAUUCUGCUAGCAGAGCCAAAAACAUGAACGUGCAAUUGUGUUGGGACAAUUGAUUGCUUUAGGCUAAAUUUGUGAUCACUUGACCUAAAGCUUAAUGUUUCACAAGCAGCUUGAGCUGGCAUAAAUUGGAACUGCGGCCACCGAGGAGGUCUCAUUUAGGGUCAGUAGCCGUGUUUUCUGGCUGCCCCCCUUUGCACGUGGAGCUCCCUGGUCACCGGGUUCAGCAAGCAGCUUCAAGAGACAGUAAAAAGGAAGUUGGAAGGCGCACGAUCACCUCUCAACGGAGAGCAGCAGAAUGGAGUUUGCGAUGGCAGCUUUUCUCCAACCAGCAAGCGGAUACGGAAGGAUGUACCAGGCAUCGAGGCAAUCAACAGCUUGCCCAAUAACUUGCCCUUGCCUGCUGUUUCUCCUCUUCACCAGCUUGACAUGAAGGCAUCCCUGCCCCUGCAGAACUGUGGAACUCACGGUGGCGGGCUAGAAGAUUUGGGUAAAAAUGGUGGGCUUUCAGAGAUAAAGCUCCCUGUUAAUGGCUGCAGUGAGUUAGACGAUGGUUUUAAUGUCCUGCAGAACAAGGAACUAAAGCAAGAGCCUUUGGACGAUCCUACCUGCAUAGACACUUCAGAGACAUCUCUUUCAAAUCAGAACAAACUCUUCUCAGACAUUAAUCUGAACGAUCAAGAGUGGCAGGAGCUAAUAGAUGAACUAGCAAACACUGUUCCAGAAGAUGACAUACAAGAUUUGUUCAAUGAAGACUUUGAAGAGAAGAAGGAGCCAGAACUUACGAGGCCUGCCACAGAGAUUCAAGAGAGUGCAAGCGUCAAAAGCGAUCCAUCUCAUUCCCCAUUUGCUCAUGUUCCAUUAGGAUCUCCCCAGGUGAGGCCUUCUUCUUCUGGUCCUCCAUUCUCAAAUGUUUCCACAGCAUCUAGUGUAACUUCUGUAUCCAGUGCUCCACCAGCUCCAAUCCCUGCAGGCUCACCAGCAAACUGUGUUGUUCAGUCACCUCAGACUCCCAACCAGGCCCAUACUCCAGGCCAAACUCAGACACGAUCUGGAAAUGGCUAUCUUAUGAAUCCAGCAGCAGCAAAUGUGGCAGGAUCAGGGCCUGGACCGGUGAAUAUACCAAGCACUGACUUGUCUCCAGCUGAACAGCUCAAGCAAAUGGCCGCACAGCAGCAGCAAAGAGCUAAGCUCAUGCAGCAGAAGCAGCAGCAGCAUCCAAAUCAAGCCUCCAGCUGGUCACCUGUGGGCCCUCCAUCUAGUCCAUAUGGAGGGCCUUUCAGUGCAGAGAAACCAAAUAGUCCAAUGAUGUAUCCCCAAGCCUUUAACAACCAAAACCCAAUAGUGCCUCCUAUGGCAAACAAUCCACAGAAGACCACAAUUAAUAACUACCUCCCUCAGAAUCACAUGAAUAUGAUCAAUCAGCAGCCAAAUAACCUGGGCACAAACUCUUUAAGCAAACAGCCUAAUAUGCUUUCUUAUGGCAACACCAAACCUCUGACCCACUUCAAUGCUGAGCUGAGCCAGAGGAUGACCCCACCAAUGGCAAAUCCCAGCAAGAACCCCAUGAUGCCAUACAUACAGCAGCAGCAGUCCCAGCAGCCGCAGAUGCAAGCUCAGAUGGCACACCUGAGUGAGGAACAGAAACGCAUGCUCAUCAUGAAGCAGAAAGGAAUGAUGAACCAGCCCAUGGCAUAUGCAACACUUCCUUCCCUUGGUCAGGCCACGAUUCUCUCUCAGAGCUACAGCGUGCAUGUAUGCGGGGUUUUCAUUGGCUUGGUUGGAGCUCCGCGGUUGUACUGCGGUUCAUGGGAUGAGUCAGCCCGAGCACACCAUAGCACUACCUUCCUGUCUUCCGAAAGAGCUGCCAAGGAAAAGCAGCUUGUCAGCAGGCUGAAGAUGCCGAAGGAGGAAUCGGGUGGCCUCGUAGGAUUGAGAUGGAAGAUUGCACUGCAGAUGAAAAUAAAAUCAAGCCGGCAGGAGCAGCACCAGGUGGGACUGUCGCGGAGCACAGCACCCAUGCAGCCCUCUGUCCCAUCGGGAGCCAGCAGCGUGGUCACAGGCACGAGCUCGGGGGGGCCCUUCCUGGGCAGCCAGCCACAAGCAGCCAUCAUGAAGCAGAUGCUGAUCGAGCAGAGAGCCCAGCUGCACGUGAUAGAGCAGCAGAAGCAGCAGUUCCUAAGAGAGCAGAGGCAGCAGCAGCAGCAGAUCCUAGCAGAGCAGCAGUUGCAGCAGCAGUCACAUUUGCCUCGGCAGCAUCUGCAGCAACAGCGGAGCCCAUAUCCAGUGCAACAGGUCAAUCAGUUCCAAGGUUCUCCCCAGGAUAUAGCAGCUGUGAGAAACCAAGCAGCGCUCCAGAGCAUGAGGACGUCCCGAAUGAUGGCCCAGAACGCGAGCAUGAUGGCAAUGGGUCCUUCCCAGAACCCGAGCACGCUGCCCACUACUGUGGGCCAGUCAGACCUGGGCAUGGCUCCUUACAGCAACGCCUCUUCCAGCCAGCCAGGAAUGUACAGUAUGAGCACAGGGAUGAGCCAAAUGUUGCAGCACCCAAACCAAAGCGGCAUGAGCGUGGCACAUAACACAGGCCAGGGAGCGAGGCAGACUGCCUCUGGACAAGCAGUGGGAAUGGUCAGCAGUUUUGGUCAGAGCAUGCUGGUAAACUCUGCUCUUCCCCAGCAUCAGCAGCAGAUGAAAGGAGCGGUGGGCCAGGUCUUACCCAGGCCGCAAGCACCGCGGCUUCAGAACCUGAUGGGGACUGUCCCUCAGGGAGCGCAGAACUGGCAGCAGCGAGGCUUGCAAGGUAUACCCGGAAGGACUAGCGGCGAAAUCGGGCCUUUCAAUAAUGGCACAACCUACCCGAUGCAGUCUGGACAGCCUCGGCUGCCCAAGCAGCAUUUCCCGCAGGGACUUAAUCAGGCAGUCGUGGACACGAGCGGAACAGUGAGAGCCCUGAACCCAGCAAUGGGGAGACAGCUGCUGCAGCCACUGCCUGGGCAGCAGGGGACCAGCCAGGCCAGGCCGAUGGUGAUGCCUGCAAUAAGCCAGGGGGUCCCCACGAUGUCUGGAUUUAGCCAACCUCCCACGCAGCAGAUGCCAGGUGGCAGCUUUGCUCCGAGCAGCCAAGGCCAGGCCUACGAGAGGAAUCCCACUCAGGACAUAUCUUACAGCUACAGUAACGAAGGAGCUGGGGGCUCAUUCUCCAAUUUAGCAGAGGGCGCAGACCUCGUGGACUCCAUCAUUAAGAGCGGACCAGGGGAUGAGUGGAUACAAGAACUCGAUGAGUUGUUCGGAAACCCCCAGUGAAUGGGCUUGUAUAGUCUGGAGUUUCGGUUGUUAAGUUUGAAAAAGUCAAAGAGAGAGUUGGAUGUGCUCCCCAUCCUCGGAUUGUUGGGGUUUUUGGUUUGAAUUGGUUUGGAGUUAUUUUGUUUAUUUUCUUUUGGUUUUAAUCGUGCAAAUCGAGCUGAUCUGUAGCCAUCUCGGGAAGGUUCGGGUGAUGCUGAGAACAUCGGUAUCACAAGACUUCCACAAGCAAUCUCCAUGGCGUGACAGCACCUGCUGCGUGGGCGUGGGGCAGGAUGGGGAAACUGGAAAAGGCAGCUGAUGCCUCUGGAAGGGAAAAUGUGGUCUUUCUCUGCCAAAAUGAGGCUUCCUUGCACAGGGGUAUGGGUAGUCCCAGUGUCUCCCACCUCGUGUAACUGCAAAGGCCAUAGCUUUCAGGGUAGCAGAUGGAAGCCCAAAGAAUCCCGCAGGUGACCGUGCGUGACCAGCCCAGGUGUCAGCAGGCCUCAGCGAGCCACGGCCGGGCACUGGGCCGCUGCAAGGGGUACGUGGCAGACACGUGACAAACCUAAACGGUCACAGAAAGGUCACCAUUUUCACUGCAGAGUGAUAAAAAUCCAACGGGAGCGUAACAGAACAUGAAUUUGGCGGUGUGGUGAGGACAGUUUGAUUAUAGGGCCGCCGCUGGAGGAGGCUUUGGUGGGUGGGUUGUGUAAGGAGCUAUUUAGUCCCCGAGGGGCUUGCAGUAGUGCUUUCCUGUCAGAGCACUUUGUGUGUAUCUGCUGCCCAGGGUGCAGAACAGAGCUGAGAGGGACGCUAAAGGGCUGCAGGCACCAGGGGGCGCCAGUGAAAGUCCUAAGCAGGUCCCUGUUUCUCCUCCUCCCCAGUAUAUUUUCAUACAUCCCCCUCCCAUCUGUCAGCAUAAAAUAAACUCACUGCACUUUUCUUCACAAAGGGGCAGGGAGGGCAGGAGAAGACAGGAAAGAGAAGAUGUGCAGGGCGGGUCUGGCAAGCAGGAACGGGUUCCUCCUCUCAUACUGCAAAAUGCAGGCUUGGCACAUUGGCGUGUCUGGGCUCUCGACCUGACAUUAUGUGCCACCUGGUCUUCUGUUUUAAGCGAGUGGCAGUCUGACCUCCUUUGUUUGCUGCAGCAUUUGAAAAAUAGGAGCCAAGGAAGGACUGCAGUAAAGAGCAUUCAUGAAUGGCUAAAAUAAUGGAUUUAGGCAUUAAAAACAUUGAGUCUGCCCAAAUGUGCUUUUAGGUAACAGUGACGUAUCACUGUCUCCGCUGUCUAUUUCCACUGUGUGGACUGGUGCCGAGAGCACUGCAGUGAAGAGGUGAUAUGUCUUCCACAGAUACGCCGGCCAUUCUGAAUGUCUGAUGCAGCUGGGGCCUGAGCCAAGGAGAGCUGCCCUCAGAAACCUGCCACCUCCUCAGCCGAGAGCUGCCCAUCGGGGGAGGUCAUGCUCACCCCUUCUUAAAGCACAGCGCGAGGCCCCAUUCCAGUUGCUGCCGAAGAUGGCAGAGGUUUGCCUGUCUGGUGCUGCAAGAGGAGCCGGGUCAGGUCCCAGUGCAGUGAGCGAGAGCACCGGCCAAAGUUCUCAGCCCACAGCCAUGCCAUGGGCACACGGCUCUUGCUGGGACGAGCCUGAGGGAAGGGACGGCCCACAGUGACAGCGCCCUGAAGGACAGGGACAAGGGAGCAGUGUGGGGGCUGAGGCAGGCCACUGGGAACUGGGUUUGGAUGUACACAGCCACCGCCCCAGGAAGAGCAGCUCUGGGGCACGGAUGGCGGCCAGCGCCGAGCUGUUGUCUUUGCAAAGCUUCCUCCAAAUACUCCGUACUGGGACCAAGUAUUAGAGGUAGAUUUUAAUGGAUUUGGGGUUUUGUUCCUUUUUUUUUUUUCCUCCUUACUAUGGUGCUGAUGUAUAUGUAAUAUUAAAAAAAAAAAGUUAUUUGUAAAUAUGUUUUUACAAUUCUACAGAUAUCACUGGGUCUACUAUCUGUAAAAUAUAUACAUAUAAAAAAAUAUAUAUAUACUGUUUGUUUAAAAUAGAGUAUUUUUAUUUCAUUCCUUAACUCAUCCUUACUGCAGUGGUAUUGCACUUCAGAUGAUGUCUAAUUACUAAUUUGUACUGUAUCCCUGAUGGCAACUUGCUCCAUUUUAUUCAGAUUUUUCUAGUUUUCUGUUUUUACUUUGUACAUUAAGCAUUGCUUAUUUCCUUUUAAGACCUGUACAGAGCUCUGAAAAUGUAGAAAAAAGCUGAUGUUAA